AUUCUCCAGUUGCAGUACCAUGCCGGGCUAGCAUCUGGCCUUCUGAAUCAGCAGUCUUUGAAACGUUCAGCCAACCAGAUGGGAGUAUCUGCAAAACGCAGACCAAAGGCCCAGCCAACAACGCUUGUCUUACCUCCUCAAUACGUCGAUGAUGUGAUCAAUCGGAUUGAUAGAAUGUUUCCUGAAAUGUCUAUCCAGCUGUCCCGGCCAAAUGGAACCUCAGCAAUGCUUCUGGUUACCUUAGGAAAAGUGUUAAAAGUGAUAGUGGUGAUGCGGAGCCUCUUCAUUGACCGGACAAUAGUGAAAGGUUACAAUGAAAAUGUCUAUACUGAAGAUGGCAAGCUUGACAUAUGGUCUAAAUCCAACUAUCAAGUUUUUCAGAAGGUGACAGAUCAUGCGACCACUGCUCUGUUGCACUACCAGCUGCCUCAAAUGCCAGAUGUGGUAGUCAGAUCUUUCAUGACCUGGUUAAGAAGUUACAUAAAGCUGUUCCAGGCUCCAUGCCAGCGCUGCGGAAAGUUUCUGCAGGAUGGCCUGCCACCCACGUGGAGGGAUUUCCGAACACUUGAAGCUUUUCAUGACACCUGCAGGCAAUAG